AUGAAGAGAAGUGAAAAGCCAGAAGGAUAUAGACAAAUGAGGCCUAAGACCUUUCCUGCCAGUAACUAUACUGGCAGCAGCCGGCAAAUGUUGCAAGAAAUUCGGGAAUCCCUUAGGAAUUUAUCCAAACCAUCCGAUGCUGCAAAGGCUGAGCAUAACAUAAGUAAAACGGCAAUUGAAGAUCCUCGACAAGUCAGAAAUCCACCCAAAUUUGGGACUCAUCAUAAAGCCUUGCUGGAAAUUCGAAACUCGCUACAACCAUUUGCAAAUGAAACAAGUCGGAGUACUCUAGAGGUUAAUCCACAAAUGCUGCAAGAUUUACAAGCUGCUGGAUUUGAUGAGGAUAUGGUUAUACAAGCUCUUCAGAAAACUAAUAACAGAAGUAUAGAAGCUGCAAUUGAAUUCAUUAGUAAAAUGAGUUAUCAAGAUCCUCGACGGGAACAGAUGGUUACAGCAGCUGCCAGACCUAUUAAUGCCAGUUUGAAACCAGGGAGUGUGCAACAAUCAGUUAACCGCAGACAAAGCUGGAAAGGUUCUAAAGAAUCCUUAGUUCCUCAGAGACAUGGCCCACCACUAGGAGAAAGUGGGGCCUAUCGUUCCGAAAGUCCCAACUCACAAACAGAUGUAGGAAAACCUUUGUCAGGAUCUGGUAUCACAGCAUUUGCUCAAGCUCACCCUAGCAACGGACAGAGAGUGAACCCCCCACCACCUCCUCAAAUAAGGAGUGUCACUCCUCCACCACCCCCAAGAGGCCAAACUCCUCCUCCAAGAGGUACAACUCCACCUCCCCCCUCGUGGGAACCAAACUCUCAAACAAAGCGCUAUUCUGGGAAUAUGGAAUACGUAAUCUCUCGAAUCUCUCCUGUUCCACCUGGAGCCUGGCAGGAGGGCUAUCCUCCACCUCCUUUGAACAUGUCCCCAAUGAAUCCUCCUAAUCAGGGACAGAGAGUCAUUAGUUCUGUUCCUGUUGGCAGACAACCAAUCAUCAUGCAGAGUUCUAACAAAUUUAACUACCCACCAGGGAGACCUGGAAUUCAGAAUGGUAGUGGUCAAACUGAUUUUAUGAUACACCAAAAUGUCCCUGCUGGUGCAGUGACUCGGCAGCCACCCCCUCCGUAUCCUCUGACCCCAACUAGUAAUGGACAAAGCCCUUCUGCUUUACAAACGGGGGGAUCUGCUGCUCCUUCAUCAUAUACAAAUGGAAAUAUUCCUCAAUCUAUGAUGGUGCCAAAUAGAAAUAGUCAUAAUAUGGAACUUUAUAACAUUAGUGUUCCUGGACUUCAAACAACGUGGCCUCAGUCAUCUUCAGCUCCAGCCCAGUCAUCCCCAAGCAUUGGACAUGAAAUCCCUACAUGGCAACCUAACAUACCAGUGAGGUCAAAUUCUUUUAAUAACCCACUAGGAAACAGAACAAGUCAUGCUGCUAAUUCUCAGCCUUCAGCCACAACAGUCACUGCAAUUACACCAGCUCCAAUCCAACAACCUGUGAAAAGCAUACGCGUAUUAAAACCAGAGCUACAGACUGCUUUAGCGCCUACUCAUCCUUCUUGGAUACCACAGCCAAUUCAAACUGUUCAACCUAGCCCUUUUUCUGAGGGUACCACUUCAAAUAUGACGGUUAUGUCGCCUGUUGCUGAAGCUCCAAAUUAUCAAGGCCCACCACCACCUUAUCCCAAACAUCUGCUACACCAAAACCCAUCUGUUCCUCCGUAUGAAUCAAUCAAAUCUAACAAAGAGGACCAGUCACCUGGGCCCAAGGAAGAUGAGGGUGAAAAAAGUUAUGAAAAUGUUGAUAGUGGGGAUAAAGAAAAGAAACAGAUUACAACUUCACCUAUCACCGUUAGGAAAAACAAGAAAGAUGAAGAGCGAAGGGAAUCUCGUAUUCAAAGUUAUUCUCCUCAGGCAUUUAAAUUCUUUAUGGAGCAACAUGUAGAAAAUGUUCUCAAAUCUCAUCAGCAACGUCUACAUCGUAAAAAACAAUUAGAGAAUGAAAUGAUGCGGGUUGGAUUAUCUCAAGAAGCCCAGGAUCAAAUGAGAAAGAUGCUUUGCCAAAAAGAGUCUAAUUACAUCCGUCUUAAGAGGGCUAAAAUGGACAAGUCUAUGUUUGUGAAGAUAAAGACACUAGGAAUAGGAGCAUUUGGUGAAGUCUGUCUAGCAAGAAAAGUAGAUACUAAGGCAUUAUAUGCAACAAAAACUCUUCGAAAGAAAGAUGUUCUACUUCGAAAUCAGGUUGCUCAUGUUAAAGCUGAGAGGGAUAUCCUCGCCGAAGCUGACAAUGAAUGGGUAGUUCGUCUAUAUUAUUCAUUCCAAGAUAAGGACAAUUUAUAUUUUGUAAUGGACUACAUUCCUGGGGGUGAUAUGAUGAGCCUACUAAUUAGAAUGGGCAUCUUUCCAGAAAAUCUGGCACGAUUCUACAUUGCAGAACUUACCUGUGCAGUUGAAAGUGUUCAUAAAAUGGGUUUUAUUCAUAGAGAUAUUAAACCGGAUAACAUUUUGAUUGAUCGUGAUGGUCAUAUUAAAUUGACUGACUUUGGCCUCUGCACUGGCUUCAGAUGGACACAUGAUUCUAAGUACUACCAGAGUGGUGACCAUUCACGGCAAGAUAGCAUGGAUUUCAGUAAUGAAUGGGGUGACCCUUCUAACUGUCGAUGUGGAGAUAGACUGAAGCCACUAGAACGGAGAGCUGCACGCCAGCACCAGCGGUGUCUAGCACAUUCUUUGGUUGGAACUCCCAAUUAUAUUGCACCUGAAGUGUUGUUAAGAACAGGCUAUACACAGUUAUGUGAUUGGUGGAGUGUUGGUGUAAUUCUUUUUGAAAUGUUGGUGGGACAACCUCCUUUUUUGGCACAAACACCAUUAGAAACACAAAUGAAGGUUAUCAACUGGCAAACAUCUCUUCAUAUUCCUCCUCAAGCUAAAUUGAGUCCUGAAGCCUCUGAUCUUAUAAUCAAACUUUGCCGAGGACCAGAUGAUCGCUUAGGCAAGAAUGGUGCUGAUGAAAUAAAAGCUCAUCCAUUUUUUAAAACAAUUGAUUUCUCCAGUGACCUGAGACAACAACCUGCUUCAUAUAUUCCUAAAAUCACACACCCAACCGAUACAUCAAAUUUUGAUCCUGUUGAUCCUGACAAAUUAUGGAGUGAUGAUAAAGAGGAAGAAAAUGUGAAUGACACUCUAAACGGAUGGUAUAAAAAUGGAAAGCACCCUGAACAUGCUUUUUAUGAAUUUACCUUUAGGAGGUUUUUUGAUGACAAUGGCUACCCAUAUAAUUAUCCAAAGCCUAUUGAAUAUGAAUAUAUUAAUUCGCAAGGCUCAGGGCAACAGUCAGAUGAAGAUGAUCAGCACACAGGCUCAGAGAUCAAAAAUCGUGAUUUAGUGUAUGUUUAA